UCCGGUAUCACCUGUGAGGUUACCGGGAGCCGUAAACAAGGUGUGCAAGCAUCCAGAGAGCUGUCGGGAUGCAGCAGAGCGGAGCGGCUGGAGGCCGUGGCUACGCUCUGUUCCCACUGCUUGGCGUCUUGUUCUUCCAGGGUGUUCACAUCGUCCUUUCCUUGGAGAUUAAAGCAGAUGCCCACGUCCGGGGUUAUGUGGGCGAGAAGAUCAAGCUCAAAUGCACCUUCAAGUCGACUUCAUCUGUCACUGACAAACUCACCAUAGACUGGACGUACCGACCCCCCAGCAGCAGUCGAACAGAAUCAAUUUUUCAUUACCAGUCCUUCCAGUACCCAACCACAGCAGGUACAUUUCGGGAUAGAAUUUCCUGGGUUGGAGAUGUAUACAGAGGGGAUGCGUCUAUCAGCAUAAGCAACCCUACCCUCAAGGACAAUGGGACAUUCAGCUGUGCUGUGAAGAAUCCCCCAGAUGUGCACCACAAUAUCCCUGCAACAGAGCUAACAGUCACAGAAAGGGGUUUUGGCACCAUGCUGUCCUCUGUGGCCCUCCUAUCCAUCCUUGUCUUCCUGCCCUCCGCUGUGGUGGUGAUUCUGCUGCUGGUGAGGAUGGCAAGGAAGUCUGCAGGGCUGAAGAAGAGGAGCAAGUCUGGCUAUAAGAAGUCGUCUAUCGAGGUUUCCGAUGACACGGACCAAGAGGAAGGGGAUGACUGCAUGGCGAGGCUUUGUGUGCGUUGUGCUGAAUGCCUGGACUCAGACUAUGAAGAGACAUACUGAUGACAAUCUUCAUGACACAAGAAGAGUCACCUGCUAGCAGAAAAUGUCCCAUCCCACUGGCAGCGAAAGCCUCUCGGAGAAGCAGGGCUGGCUUGGAUGGCAGUGCUGGAGGAUUCUAGAAGUCAUCAGGAGAGACUUCAGGAACCAUUUAUUUAUUGAAGAAAUGUUCUUUUUAUAUUUAUAAACUGUUUAAGGACUCUUCGAAGAAACUCAUAACUACCCCUUUUAAUGACUUACACUCUAGUUGAAUGAAGGAGUUCUCUUCCUGAAUAGAAAGAUGGUUUUUGUUUCCCCUGUGUUCUUGAAUGUAUUACGUGAUUUCCAGUUAUUUGAGGGGAAUCCUAAAUGUUGGCCACACCGUGGAUGCCAAAGUAUCUUUAAAAAAUGAAAUGGAGCUCGUAGCUUCCUGACAGGCUACCAGAUGAAGUGUUUGUUGGGGAUAGUGUCCUUUGUUAUUUGCUCCAUGAAUGUUUUCAGCUGUGAAUCAGCAAAGAGCCUACACUCCUUGGUUUUGUGACACCAUUGGUUGUGUUUGGAUGACUUGGAACCCUAAUUUCUGUGGAGCUGGUGGGGCUGGGAGUCCAUGGUUUGCUUUGACUGGGUUUUUAAAGUAUUAAAGUGUCAUCAAUUUAUAAUUAAGGGAGGGAAUGUUGACCUAAAGGGAUCCCUUCCUUUUGUCUUGCUAGGUAUAGUUUGUUACUUUACUCUCUUACAGCUGACUGAUUGGUGGUUUCCUUCUUGAUGUCCUGGAGCAGAGGCAAGAAAAACUCUUUGACAAGCUUUUAGUGGGGAAUGUAGAGAAUUUUCUCAGUUAUUUGCAAGGAAAUACUCUUUUUUAACAAAUGCCAUUCCAAAGUUCAGAUGUUGGAUUGGCUUUAAUGAGGCUUCUGUUUAUAGGAAAUAAUCUUUUGACCUAAGUCAUGCUUUACAACUUUCUUGUGUUCUAAAAUGCGCCAAAUAUGAGUGAGCUAAGGUAUUUAUGUACGAACAGUUUUUACAUAAUGUUUGACAUAAGGAAGUGAGGUGGUACAUAAUGUUUACUCAUUUCUGUUCUCUGAUACCUUACAUCAACUUCCUCCAUUUUCCCGCAGCAAGUGAUUUCAAACUUUAAUUUACAUAGGACUUUCUGUAAGCCAUUAAGAGAUACGUGUGACAUGUCUAGAAAGAUCGACAGUGUAGUCAUCUGUAAAACAACGAUAGAGUUUACUUCUCAAUUAUGAGAGAGAAAAAUUAUCCCCUCUCCCCAUCGUCGUUUUUUUUUUAGCAGGAGAGUCCGAGAUCCCUCAUUAGGUGGCUCAGGUGGUUUCCAUAUUAUAGCCUAAUAGACUGUAUACAGUAUCCAAAAAAGUCACUUCCCCAGGAUUUAUUUUUUAAAAAUUUGGGUUAUUAGUUCUGGAAGUCAUCAGUAAAGACUUUUUAAAAAGAUGGCAUAGGUUUGGCCUGGCCUCUUUUGUCAGUCUAGUCCAUACAUAAGAGAGUCUGGUUAGUUAAUUAGAAAUUAUGCUUUUGUCUGGUCACAUAAGGAAGUAGAAGAGGAAAAGACACAUUGACUGUUUAUUUCCAGUGGUUAAGCCUCAGACUCUUGAGCUGCUUGGGCUCGUCUG